CCCUUUGUGCAGCCAGCUGCAUGGAAAAUACGGAUGCACGGAAAGAGCGGCCUGCCCAGACAAGGUGACCAAAACCCGGCGAUGUUGCCACGGUCGCUGCCACGAUGGCUGGCUGUUACCAGCACCCAGUCACCCAAAGCUCGAUGGUUUGCUGUGAGCAUGUACGAAGAACUGAAGAGACCAAAUGUGUUAUAUGAAGAGUUGAAGCUGAAGUUUGGAUACAUGGGAGUUGUGAACCACAAAGAGGUGGGCGUUUGGGAUUUGUUUGCCAUCCUGCGCGGAGUUCGGAAUAAAGGCGAUUUGGGCUUCGCGCUUCAGACCAUGAACCUCUUCUACAACUUUGGCGUGAAACUGAAGCAUCGAGAGAUCUCAACUCGACUACUGGCCGCAACAAUGCUCGCCCGGGAAGAGUCUGAAGCUAUAGAACUCAUCAAACUCUAUGGCAGCUGGCUGGAACAUCCGCCUGAUUCUGCUGUUGUUUAUGCUGUGAUGUCCAAGUUUCUGGAUGAGAAAAAACCCAUGGAAGUCAGAGAGCUUGCAAAACUGGUCCGAGAGGACUGGCGAUUUCGCUUAGAAACCCCUUUGUAUUCUUUGGCGAUUCAAGCCAUGCUGAAACUGCCAAAGGAGCAGGAGCCCUUGCGGGCCGCGAUGAUUUUGCGAGAGGAUGCUCUUCAAAUGGGUGUCCGCUUGCCUGUGAAGGUGCAGCUACAACUGCUUGACGAGUCAUUAAAGGCGGUUAAUCUGGAGCCAAGCGGUGGCUCAGAGGUGCAAAGUGAUGCACCCAGUGAGGAUGCACCAGCUGAGGAUGUAACUGAUGCAACUGAUGCAACGGCUGAGGAUGUCCCUGGGGAGAGCAGUGAAGCAUCCGCGGAGAGGUCCUUAUCUCACCUGAAGGAUGCAGUACACCUGGCAGAUGCUCUAGCUCAAGAUGGGCAUGUGAGAGGAGGCGCCUCAGCGGCUACCCUUUGUUCACUGUCCUGGCUCUUCUGGCACUUAUCUGCUAUCUCUUCUGAGCUGCGGCAGGAGGUCGUGUCGGAUUGCCAUGCCUGGAGUAUCAGCUGCAGUGACUGGACAUGGUCCAAGACAUUGGAAGCUGCGUGUGCCAACUUUCACAGCCAGGUGGGCUUCUCAUCCCAACUGCCUCGUGGCCUCUUCCAAGUGCUGGAGGCUUCUGAAGACCCGGAGGCUCAGCGGUUGGUGGAGCGGUGUCGCCAAUGCUUUGGGCGCUUCUACCCUAAGGCGUGAGCAAAAAGGACAAGAGGACAAGGUGAAGAGCUGUGGGUUGGCUG